ACCGCACAGGCCUCCAAAGCUGUCCCAUUUUUCACCAUAACGAGUGGGCAAUCCUAUUCAGCUUGGAACAAUGUUUUCUUCUACUUAACAGAUUUAUGGCCUUCAAAUGCAUCUCCAACCGUUGGCCAUUUGCAUGUUGUGUACUGACUGGAUCACCUAUACUGUAAAAGUAUGUGGAAGUAGAAAAAACGCAUUCUUAUGUAAUAGGCAUGCAAAAAAUAAACCAAAUUGUCUAAAAACCCUAGAACUGACAUGCAUGCAAACAUUGAUGCAUUUAUAGUUUUAUAAUGAAAGAGUUCCCCACUUUGAGAGUUAUGGAUGUCCCCUAGAGUUUCAGGAAGGAAUGCAAUACCACCCCCAACAUCCCCCACCCCCCUGCUUCCAUUCAUCCACUCACUGCAGUAAUGAAUGCAAUAGAGGAGGGAGGGAGGCUACAUGAAGUCCACUUUCCAGUUAGUUGCACUUGUUCUGAGUGGCCGACUGGACCCAUCGCCACCAUGGGGAGAAAGAUCAAGUCUGUUUACCUCCUUCCACUCAUCAUUUUUAUUGAAGUGUCUGCUUUGAAGAUACGGAACAAGCUGCUGGGAACAUGUUUGCAGGUACAAGAUGGGAUACCAGGGGGGAGAGUGUCACUCGGGGAAUGCAACCCCCAGUCUGCGUUACAAGAAUGGCUCUGGCUGUCUAGCAACCAGGCUCUCACCAACCAUUUCACCGGGGAGUGUCUGACUGCACCAGAGGAGCAGUUUGAGGGGGUUCACAUGCAGCCCUGCAAUGCUGAAGGCCAAAUUGAAGAAGCUGGAACAGAGUUGGACAGUGAUGCAGGCAGACAGAAAUGGUCUUGUUCCAAGAAAGGCCACUUGACUUUGCUGGGGAGGGGACUGCACUUGAGUGCCACACAAGAGUCUACUUUACUAUUCUUGUCGAGGGAACAUAAACAGCAGGGCAGCCGGUGGAGGACACUGGACAACCAAACACUGUGUGAUGGCAGAGACGGCAACCAUCACCACCACAACCAACAUCACCACUCUCUGGGGAAGUCAGUAGACCUCACUUUACCAAUCACUGACAUGGACAGACAAGCAGCUGAUGUUACAUUUAGUAACAGCGUCACAGAAGAAUUUCCAGUAAGAAACGCGACUGAUGUUUUAUCCCUGACCACCAAAUCCCCUGCGGAUCCUACCAUGAUUUUCUUCAGCAUGGACUACGGCAUGGGAUGGAAAAUAACCAUGUUGGUUUUAAGCUCAUUGGCUCUCGUCCUGGGUACGGUGAUCCUUAUUCUCAAUGUUUAUUCAAAUAGGAGGAAGAAGGUGGUAUGUGUUCUGAAGUCGUACGCUCCAAGACCAGAGGCCCGUGUUCCAGGAUCCCCAGUGCCAAAUGAGAGAGCUCCCUUAACAGAGCAUGCCAUGUGCCUGCCGCUCUCCUCUCCUAGUUUACAGCGAGGAGAAAUCCUGAUUGAGUGGAAAGAUGGCACCGUGACGCCACUCUAUGAGGCCUGAAAGUUGUGCAAUUAGUACACAGAAUGUAGCAUCUGAUAAGGCGACUUUAGUGAAAACAGAUGGCUAAACUAAUAGAAAACUGGAGGUUUUUCAUGGAAUGUAUGAAGUUAUUGAUAUUGCAAUGAUACAAAGUGAGCUAACAGUUUAAACAUCCCCUAUUACUAUGCCAAAUCGAUGUGUACCACCCUGAUCUAUAUGUGUUUUCCCCACCAUUUCACUGAGGGAAAAAAUCAGGCUUCACUACACAUCUUAAAUAAAGCCUCUGCAAACUAUCCAUUAGUCUACAGACACGGGAGCUAUAAGUUUGAUCAUUUUGUUUUUAUUCAGCGAAUAAGCUCAUCUAUGAUAGAUACAUAUCAGAUUUCUAUCUACAUACGAACCAGUCCUGUACUCUUUACACUGAUGUGAGAAAAUCAGGUCAGGUCACUACAGGUCGCGUUUGAAAAAAAUAAUCUGAAUUGACCUGCAGUGUAAAUGUUGUGCACAAUAGCCCUUCUUGAAGACACACACUCUCGCUCAUUAGCAUUAAAGCAACAGAUACACAAUCCACCGUGUUGCCAAUAGAUUUUGGUCAAUACACUUUCAAUACAUGGUUAUUGGACCUCUGAGACUUAUUUUAAAAUUGGGAUUUUUACCAAACAAAUAUCAUCUGGAUUAAAUCAAAUUGGUUGAAAGUGACAGAGUUCACAUUUUUGCUGCAGGUUUAAACUAAACAUCAUGUCAUUUCUUUUUCUUAAUCUCAAUGUAGUAAUUAUUGCUGUGUGCUUAUGUGGUUUUUUUUACUCUGUAUAAAGUUGUUUUGUAGUCAUUGCUACCAUAGUUGCCAGUUGCCUUUAAGGUGGGCAAUAUUGUGUAAUAUAACAAGAAAUAAUGCUUCAGCUUUUUCCUUUCUCUGUAAUGUAAAAAUGGAUCACUCUCAACCUUUUGUUUAUAUGUCUGUUGCAAAUACUGUAAUUCAUGUAGUACAUUUUCUUGCAUUUAAUAACAUUUUCUAUCAUGAAAAUGGGGGAUGUACAGUAAAUAAUGUUUUUUGUAGGGUUCCAGGUGUAUGUUGACCAUGACUUCUAGAGUAUAAAUUAAGGUAGAUAAUCGGUAACUCUAACCAACUUGUUAAAUUAAUCCAUUGUUUUCAAACAUCUUGUACAUUUUUAAAGCUAUCAUUUACCUGUAUUAAAACUCUAUGUUUACCACUGGUUUUGCAUUUUGUAUGAACUGUAUGUGUGCAUAUCCAUGACAAUAAUAUUUGCACAUAGUUGCUGCUUGUUACCCAAAUAUUGUUAUAGUGUGCUUGUG